AUGCUGAAACAGAACGGGACCGCCGAGUAUUGGAAACAGAACGGAGACCGCCGAGUGCGAAACAGAACGGGACCGCGCGAGUGCAAACAGAACGGGAACCGCCGAGGUCGUGGUGUGGGUCUGCAGCAGCUGCAGCGUGGCGGUGGUGUACGGAGAGGCCGGCCCUUAGACCCCCAGGCCUGGCGGGGGCGCAGCAAGGAGCUGAUAGACCUGCUCUUCCAGUGUGAAGACUCAGAACCCUUCAGACAACCUGUUGACCUGGAGCAGUACCCCGACUAUCUGGACAUCUGUGGACACCCCAUGGACUUCCGGACGGUCAGGGCGAUGCUAAGAUCGGGGGAGUACACCACUCCUCUGGAGCUCUGCCAGACGUACGGCUUAUCUUAUGCACUCUAA